AUGGGCUCCCUUGGAACGGAUACCACAACCUACCACGAAGACUUCCCUAUUCUCCAUGACCCUCGUCCAGAUGAUGCCUCUCUCCCCGCCUUCAUGGUCUCUACCACCCGUGGCUUUCUCCCUCGAAUGGAACCCAUCGUGACCUUGCCUCCCGAGUUUGACCCCCUUGAAUCCAUCCUCCAACGCAUGCCAGUCAAGACCGCAUCUGGAGAACCAGGCCUGUUUGCUCAGGGCAAUGGGAAGCUCGGAGAAGUCGUCCACAGUGAGCUCCCGGACUUGACCGAGUUUGUGGACAAAUAUAGGCAUGACCUACCCCUGAUGAACGCCUUGUAUCGGGACUACUCGUUCCUGGCGUCGGCAUACCUGUUGGAACCGUGCCAUGAGAGGUUUGUGAAGGGGGAGGAAUAUGGGCUGGGGAGACAGGUGUUGCCGGCGAAUGUGGCGAGGCCGAUUGCUAAAUGUGCUGAGAUAUGCGAAUUCAAGCCCUUCAUGGAAUACGCCGGCUCCUAUGCCCUCUUCAACUACUAUCUUGUCGACCCCUCCCUCGGCUUCUCAUUCUCCGACCCUUCCAACGUCCGCCUCAUCCGCGCCUUCGAGCAUGGUCUGGACCCUACCUCUUCAGAAGCCGGUUUCGUUCUCGUCCACAUUGACAUGGUCCGUCACUCGGGUCCGCUCGUAGCCGGCGCCGUGGCCUCUCUCGAUGCCUGCCGCAGAUCUGCCCUCUCCUCCUCUUCGUCUACCGACAACCCCGAGAGGACCAGACUAUCCGCCCGCCAAUCCCUCAACGUCUCCCUGUCGCAAAUGCUAGCCGCCCUGAAGCAAGUCAAUGCCACAAUGGAGACGAUGUGGAAGCGCUCCAAGCCCAACGAUUACACCUCGUUCCGCACCUUCAUCUUCGGCAUUAAGAGUCAGAGCAUGUUCCCCAACGGCGUCGUGUACGAGGGUCUUCCGGACUCGGACGGGAGGCCGCUCUCCUUCCGUGGCGAGUCCGGAGCCAACGACUCGAUUAUCCCCCUCAUGGACAACCUCUUGCAGAUCCCCAUGCCUGACACGCCUCUGACCAAGAUCUUGGAGGAUUUCAGGUCGUACAGGCCCAGCAACCAUCGGGCGUUUUUGGAGUGGGUGAAGAGGGGGAGCGAGGAGAUGGGGUUGAGGAGGUGGGCGCUUGCUCUUGAUGGUACGGAUGAUAUGGCCGAGGAAGAGAGGGACGAGGUGAGGCGCUCGCGCAGCCUUUGGAUUCAAGUCCUGAAUCAGGUCCGUGACUUCCGUUGGCGCCAUUGGUGCUUUGCUAGGGAGUAUAUCCUUAAGCAGACGAGCCAUCCGACGGCUACGGGAGGCAGUCCGAUUGUGACGUGGCUGCCGAAUCAGUUGCAGGCUGUGUUGGGAGAUAUGGUGGGUUUGUAUGAGAGGAUGGGUGGAGAUGAGGCGGGAGGGUUGGGUGAGGAGUGUAAGGAUAUUAUGGAAUUGGUGAGGAGGCAGGACGAGACGUUGAAGAAGGAGGUGAGGAAGUUUUGCGAGGAGAGGGGGGUUUCGCGCGCUUAG